AUGGUGGCUUCAAUGGCAAGCUCCUUGGAUGCGAGUCUCAGCUACUUGAGCCCAAAGGCUCGCGACAAGGAGAAUGAUUCGCAGAAUGGGAAUAGAGAUGUCCAAGAUGUGCUGUCCUGCAGUCGCAAAAAGCUUUCGCUGGGAUCUUUGGGUGAUCGGAUUCGUGCCGAACGAUCGCGAGCGCAGCGAGAACCAGAAAGUUCCUUCGUGGUGAACAGCCCAGAGGCACUGCCUUGCACCAGCCAAAUCCUGCCACCUCAGCACUUGUGGACGCCAAAUUUCACCUCUCCAAACUCGGAAGAGGUGCUUUUCACCGAAGACUCUGCAGAUCAGGGCCCCGAAGCAGCCGAGUUCGAUGAGAUUCGACAAAAGCUGCGGGCGAUUCGAGGUGCCUUGCAACGAAGCAACACGCAGCAGGCUGAGAUGCACGCCAUGCUGUCGCAAGCCUUGGAGCGUUGCGAAAGUCUCAAGAUGGAAGCGGCUGAUGCUCAGAGGAGCAAGGAGCAUCAUCAUCAUCGUUGGUGCAUCCUGGACCAGGAGCGCGAAAGCUUGCAGCGCAUGGCGUCACAGUCCCGGAGCUCGGAGCAAAGUGCUCGGGAGGAAGCUGUGGCCUGGCGCGCGUGGCUGCGAAGCUGUCUGGAGCUCUUGCUGCGGGAGGUGUCGUUGAAACCUGCCACGGAGAUGCUGAAGCACUUGAAGACCACUGAAAGGUCCCUGCAGCCUGAGCUGUUGGCCAAAAUGCCAAGUCUCUACGAAAGCUUGGCUGAUGCCCUGGGGAACGCCAGAGCCUCUGGGGAAGGAAUCCUCAGGGCACCUCAGAAGGUUGAAGCUGAUGAGCGCGUUGCACAGCUGGAACGCCAACUUGCGCAGAAGGAACUUGCUUUGGCAGCUCUUGAGCAAGAAAAGCGUAGCUUGAGAUCCGAGGUGCGAUCCUUGCAAAACCAGGUGCAGGAGCUGCGCGGCAGCAUCCGCGUCUUCUGCCGCAUUCGGCCUCCCCGGGGCGCUGGCGCUGGCGCCGAGGGCGCUCCGGGGAACGGCUUCGGCGUCAAGGCCGAAGGCUCCCGAAGCGUCUGCUUGAAGAAACCACCAGGUGACAGAAGGCACGACUUCAACUUUGAUCGCGUUUUUAACCAACAAGCUGGACAAAGAGAUUUGUUCGAAGAGGUUGGACCUUUACUGCCUGGCAUUCUGGAAGGUAUCCAUGUUUGCAUUUUUGCAUACGGCCAAACAGGAGCUGGAAAGACCUAUACCUUGGCAGGUCAACGAAGCUCGAAACAGCCAGGCAUCCAGGACCUGGCCAUCGGGGAUCUUCUUCGCUUGGCCAAGGAGAGUUUCGAGGUGCGCCUCACUGCGCUGGAGAUUUACAACGAAUCCAUCCAGGAUCUUCUUUCGACUUGCGAAGGGGCCUCGGGCCCAAGUCGAGCGCCGAGCGAACGUCUUGAAGUUCGACAAUCACGAGAAGGUUUGACUUCAGAUGCUGAGACUGAAGAAGCAUCGCCAUCUCCUUUUGGUUCCAUGCGAGUGCCGGGAUUGAAGUCUUGGACCGUCCAAGAUUCAGCUGACGUGGAGGAAGCACUUGAAAGGGUCAGAACUAAGCGGCAUGUGGCCAGCACAGCGCUGAAUGAGAGAUCUUCUCGCUCUCAUACGGUGCUCUCUUUGAGCGUGCUGAGAAGGUCAGCUGGAACGGUGGAAUAUCUUGGAGUUCCUGUGGGAGUUCUGCAUAUUGUGGACCUGGCUGGCAGUGAGCGAACCAAAGUGUCGCAAGCCGAAGGACUUCAAAUGAAGGAGGCCAACUGCAUCAAUCGCUCCCUUUCCGCCCUGGCAGAUGUACUCUUCGCCUUGGGUGACUCCAGUUCCUCUGCUCAUGUGCCUUAUCGCAAUUCCAAGCUCACCUAUCUGCUUCAAGAUGCCCUUGGUGGCCCAGGAUGCAAAACCUUCCUCUUUGCCCAGGUGUCGCCUGAUGCCCAGGAUGCCCAUGAAAGUUACUCCACCCUGACCUUCGCUGCCCGCGUCGCCACCAGCGUCCAGAAGGGCCGCCUUCGCCUUCGCACGGGCAACGUGUCGCCCUCGCCGCGUCGGGAGCUGCGGGAGCGCGACUCACCCAGCGCGCGGGAGGAGAACUGGAGGGCUGCGGCACCACCGCUGCCAAGGCGCAGAGAGGAGGCGAAGAGUUAG